AUGGACUUCAAAGCUAAUGUGGCACGUACAUCACGUGUUUUUGAUCAUUGUAUAUGCUUUUCGCUAAGUGAUCCCACAUCUAAUUCUUUUUCAGAGGCAUGUUCUGACCAUGAACAUGAUCAAGUAUGUUCUGAGUGCUUGUAUCUCGCACAAGCAUUACAAGAUACCAAGCAAGCAAUCGAAAAUAGUAAAGACAAGGAAGAAGAAGUUAAACGGAAAAUACACAAGUUUACUCUUGCUUAUGAUGCUAUUCAAGCUUGGAAAUCCCAUCAAUUAAGAUCAAUUAAUCAAGACCUUGAAAGAGAGAGUGUUUUAGAUGUUUUAGGUGAAGGUGCAAUUUAUUUGAAUUUAGAUUUUGCCAUGAAUCCUCGGGUUCAUUGUGAUCAAGAACAAGAUGAAUUUAUGGUUGGGAAUCGAAAACAAACUCUUCUUGAAGAAGAUGAUGAAGAAGAGAGUGAAAGCGGAUGUAAUUCUGAAAAAGUACAUGAUAGUUCAAUUGGGCAAGCUUGCAUACGCUGUGAUAAUGCUGGCUGCUAUCAUAGUGCUUAUACAGUGUUAUCGAUGCCAGCUGUUUCCGAGAAGUGUGGAAUAGCAGUACGAAGAAUGGAUUUCGCUGAUCCUCAAGGUAGUAAAGGUUCUAGUGAUAGAUAUGCUGCUAUUAUAAAAUCUCAUGUUAGACGUUAUCUAAAUGAGAAACACGAUGUUACAAAUGCAGAGCAAUUUGUCGAAGCUUGUUUAUCCUAUGGAGGAAAAGUCAUUAUCGGAUCACUCUAUCUAAUUAAACCAUCACCUGAAAUAAUCUUCGGUUCAUCUGUUAAUAAUAAUCUGUCAGGUUCUAUAGAUGUCAAUCCUAGUGGCGAAUGUACUGAAUCGGUCAAUGAAGCUGCAAACUUAUUUGAAUGUCCAGAGGAAACAUGUGUAUCUUCGUUUGUGAAAUACGGAAAUUUACUUAGACAUCUUGCAGUUGGUAAUCACCGUCAUAUGCCCGAAAAAGUAACUUUAUUGGAUAUGGCAAAAAAGAUAUAUCAUUCAAGAUUGGCAACUUCUGACAACAAAAGAGUUAUUUCGUUAUCUUCAAAUGAUGCUGUGUUCGAUUCGGACAUUGGUGAUCAAGUGUCCGAACUCACUGUCGGAUGGGCACUUCCAGUGAUACGUCCGCCUGCUAGAUUUACUAUUAGGCAAAAGAAAUUUUUAGAUGUGAGUAGUAUUUAGAAACAACUCCUCUAUACUCUAUCUUCGUUUUACGUAUUCCUCAUUACGUUUCAUAGUUUUCUUGUCUUAUGUAGGAAAAAUUCAACGAUGGAAUUUUACAUGGUCGUUUCUGGAAACCAGAAACCGUUGUCAGUGAAAUGCAAAAUGCUAAAUCACCACAAGGAAAAUUUAUCUUCGAUAUCAACGAAUGGUUAACAACCAGCCAGGUACGCAGUUACUUCAGUCGUAUCCGAUCAAUCACCACCCCGAAGAACGCUCAGCUAUCACCUUCUGUUGUUUCAAACUGUUCAAUUUAUGACGAAAACCAAGAAGAGGAACGAAUUUUGGACGAAGAUGCUAAUGCUGAAGUUGGAAAUGUAUUUGAUAUUUUUUCUAUCUGCAAGAUCUUUUCUUUCUCUAGGAAUCUCUCAAGGAUGAUAUUGCAGUGCACGAAGCAAUCGAAAGAAUAACAUUCUUGAAGAAAACAAACGAAAUACCAGAAACAGCAAGUAAAGAAAAACGUCCAUUAUCAUUAAUACAAAAUGAACCAAGUACACCAAAGCGUUCAACUACCUCACACAAUCAAAAAUAUUAAAAGAAUGCGGCAGAAAUAUAUUCGAGCUAAAGUUUGUUUAUAGGAAUAUCUCUGAAAUCAACUGAGCAACGUGCUAGCACGCUUUAACUUCAACAAACCAAAAUUUCUUUUCACAUUUCAAAUAGUUUUUACUGAAGUCUACAAGAAAACAUCAUUGAACAUAAAAUUCAUUCUAUUCAUACAUACCCUGAAGUUGUAUUCGAGAAUAAGAAAAAGCUUGCACUGAUAAACUGCA